AUGAAGCUUCUCAACCAACAGUUUCUGGUCAUCAUUCUCGGCUACGUAGUCGACUCUGUUGCCGCAAGGACAGAAACUAGCCAAGCGUCAUCCUCAGCGGGCACAGAUUAUUCUACCCAGGUCUGGUCAACGACCAAGACCGAGAUCAGAUAUUCAGACUUCGUCCUAGUGACGCGAGAAGUCUUAAUCACGACCUUAACAGUCACCACUAUCCAGCCAGUGGUUACAUCGUACCCUGCAACUGUGGUGGAGACUAUCAUUACGAAAAUCACCCUGGAGGACCGCUCCUACUUCUCACAAAAACGGUCUACUACUACCUUCACUUGUGGCAUUUUCACCAUGGAUCCGUCUACUGUGGUCUUGUUAAGUGCACCAUCUGCCAAAGGAGAUGUAGCCGCAAGCACAUUUUGA